AAGCCGCGCAAUUUGACCAUUCUAGAUUCGAAGAGAAUAAAACCAAAAAUAGAAACUUACAAUUCAAGAGAUUAUGGUUGUAAUGUCGUAUCCUGUAACAUUGAUCAUUUUUGGUAUUCUCAUAUGCAGUAUUAAUCUUAGCCAUUCUAUUAUAAUUGUCACAGUAUGCGGAACUAAGGGUAACUACACGAGUAACAGUACUUACAAUCGAAACCUGAAUGCCGCUCUAGCCAACCUCUACUCGGCUGCAAGCACUAGCGACUCCGGGUUCUACAAUGCCUCCGUUGGCCAAGGCUCUGACAGAGUUUACGCGAUCGCGCUCUGUAGAGGCGACGUUGAACCUGAUAUCUGCAGAAGCUGCGUUAAAGACUCAAUUGCAUAUAUAACAGGGCAAUGUCCUGACCAAAAGGAGGCUGUUGAGUGGUACUAUGAAUGCAUGUUAAGGUACUCGAAUAGCUCGAUACUUAAUAACAUGGUGGCAGAGCCGACUAGAGCUUUGGUGAAUGGGAAUAAUGCAAGUAAUCAGGUUCAGUUCAAUAAAGACCUUAGAGAUUUGGUGGAGCGUUUGAGAGGACCAGCAGUUGAGCGAAAGUUUGCCACUGGGAGUAUAAGUGGACCGGACUUUCUGACAAUUUUCGCGCUUAUGCAGUGCACACCUGAUUUAUCUUCACUGCAGUGCAGCGACUGUCUUAAUCGGGCUAUUACAGAAAUUUCAACUCGUUGUUAUGGAUUAGGAUGCCACUUAAUGAAACCUAGUUGUAGGCUUAGGUAUGAGUAUGAACGAUUUUACAACCAGACGACGACAACCAAUGCUCCACCACCAGAGCUGCCUUCAACACCACCAUCAGUGCCUCAAGUUGCUGGUAAAGGGGAUAAUAACGUGCCAACGGUAAUUAUUAUUGUUGUUGUCAUUGUUGGUUUUGUUAUGCUCAUGCUUCUUGUGGUUUGCAUCAUUAAAAGGAAGCGAAGGCAGAAGACUACUACCGGGGGAAUGCUCAUUGAUAUGGAUGAUGUGAACAGCACCGAAUCCUUGCAAUACGACUUUGAUACUGUUGAAGUUGCUACAAAUCACUUCUCAGAUAGCAAUAAAAUCGGAGAAGGUGGAUUUGGGGCAGUUUACAAGGGCACACUACAAAAUGGUCAAGAAAUAGCUGUGAAGAGGCUGUCUCUGGGUUCAAAUCAAGGACAACAAGAAUUCAAAAACGAGGUUAUUUUAGUGGCCAAACUGCAGCAUAGGAAUCUAGUCAGACUUCUUGGUUUCUGCUUCAAAGGAAAUGAAAGACUUCUUAUUUAUGAGUUUGUGCCUAAUGCAAGUCUUGACCACUUUAUAUUUGAUUCAGUGAAGCGUUCAUAUAUAGACUGGGAAAAACGAUACAAGAUCAUAGGUGGAAUUGCCAGAGGACUUCUUUACCUUCAUGAAGAUUCAAGACUACGGAUCAUUCAUCGAGAUCUAAAAGCGAGCAAUGUUUUGCUCGAUGCUGAGAUGAAUCCUAAAAUUGCUGACUUUGGCAUGGCACGGUUAUUCAAUUUGGAUGAAACUCAAGGAUCUACGGAUAGAAUUGUGGGAACAUAUGGAUAUAUGGCACCAGAGUAUGCAAUGCAUGGGCAGUUCUCGGUGAAGUCUGAUGUAUUUAGCUUUGGUGUAUUAGUUUUGGAAAUACUAAGCGGUCAGAAAAACCAUAGUUUUCGAAAUGGAGAUGACGUUGGAGACCUUACAAGCUUUGCCUGGAAGAAUUGGCGAGAAGGGACUGCAACUAAUAUUAUAGAUCCAGUACUCAGAAAUAAUCCAGCAUCAAUACGCGAAAUGAUAAGAUGUAUUCACAUCGGAUUACUAUGUGUGCAAGAAAAUGUUACAAACAGACCUGCCAUGGCUUCAGUGAUGCUUAUGCUGAACAGUUUUUCUCUCACCCUUGAGGUGCCUUCCGAGCCUGCCUUCUUUAUACCGAGUAACAUUGAUCCAGAACUGCCAUUGCUUAUGGAUGAUUCCAACUCAAGAGUUAGUGUCAAAUCUAGCGAUUACUCUAUUGACAGAGCUCCAAUCACCGAUACAUAUCCACGGUGAUUAAUUACAUUUACACAAGUGUUUGCUUUUAUUGGUUUGUUACUGAUUGCGUUCAACUUUGAUAAGAAAUUCUUCACCGAGGGUCAGGUAUUAAAAUUUUUGCCCGGAUUUGAGAAUUAUUCUGCAUUCCUGGAACUUUUAUUUUUAAUAUCAUGUACUCAAAAUGUCAAUAUAAAUAGAAAUUUUUAUUUUA